CUGUCACGUGAGAUAUCUGAGCGUUUGUUAACCUUAUGACAGUUCAUCAAACACGGAAUCCUGUGUAGUGAAAUGAUAUGUGUCAGUAGAAGAUGGAGGGGCUACUCCGUGGUACUGGGAGGAGUGCUCAUUCACCUGACCCUGGGAACUAUAUAUACGUUUGGAAACAUGACACCCUAUAUGACAUCCUACAUGAAAAAACAUAAAGUAGAUGAAACUCUGAAUUAUGCGGAGAGUACGUGGAUCAUGUCUUUAGCGGCGAUGGGCCAGGGAGCGUCCAUGUUUCUAGGAGGUAUGCUGUACAAAGCCCUGGGACCAAAACUCUCCACGCUUAUUGGCGGCUGGUUGGCAAGCGCAGGUGUAGCGCUUACAUACUUCACCAUAAAAUCUUCAUUUUAUUGGACCUUAUUCACAUAUGGAUUUAUGUUUGGAAUUGGUGUCGGUUUGGCUUAUGCAACACCAAUGGGGUGUGCCAUGAAGUGGCUACCACACAAAGAAGGAUUGGUUAAUGGCUGUGUUGUUGCUGGUUUUGGAGGCGGAGCUUUUAUCUUUGAUCAAAUUCAAACAGCUUUCAUCAAUCCAAACAACCAGAAGGCAGAUUUAAACGAAGAUGGAGAAAAGUAUUUUACUCAGGACAAUAUUUUAGACAGGGUUCCUCACAGUUUUCUAUUGUUGGGAGGUUGCUACGCCGCCAUGCAGUUUAUCGGAUCCAUGUUGCUUCAAGAACCCCCGGAGCAAUAUAGUCCGUUGAUUAAUUGUAAAGAAGCACGAAGAACGAAAAAUGGCGGAAAAAAUAAAGGAGCCAACAUGUUGGAUGAAGAAAGUGACAGUGACAAAGAAAAUGAAAAUCCUAAUGGUGAGGAAAGAAACUUUUCACCGAGGGAAACUUUACGACAGUCUGAAUUUUACAAGCUCUGGUUUAUUUACUUAUUCAACGGACAGGGAAUAAGUUUUAUAUCUUCGUUAUAUAAGGCGUUUGGACAAACUUUCAUCAGUGACGACUAUUUCCUAGCCGUUGUGGGUUCCCUUUCAGCUGUCUGUAAUGGAGGCGGCCGUAUAAUGUGGGGUGCCUUAGCAGACAAAUACUCUUUUAAGACUGCCAUGGUGUUUUCAACUGGCCUGUUCUCAUUUUUUAUUCUAAGUUUUGAACUGACGAGUUUAGUUGGGAAACCUUUGUAUCUCAUAUGGGUGUGUUGCCUGUUUCUUUCAUUCUCUGGAAAUUUUUCACUGCUACCAACUGCUACUGCAAGAGCGUUUGGGAAAGAACAUUACGGUGUAAACUACGGAAUGGUCUUCACUGCCUCUGUUAUAUCAUCUCCCAUAGCAGCAUUACUGACGUCAAAACUAAAAGUAGUCAUCCACUGGUAUGGCAUGUUCUACAUGGUAGCUUUCUUCUCAUUUCUAAGCAUGUGUUUGGCAUGGUCAUUUAAAGUGAAAGAUUCAACAGGCAAAGACAUUUGACAACGAAAAUGAAUUUAGAAAUUAUUGAUACAUUUUAUUUUGUUUAAUUAGAUAUUCUGUAUACAAAACUUGCAUUCAUUCCACAGCAACUCCCACAAUUAUUUUGGAAUUGAAUGUACAAUAUAUUUUUUUCUGUU